CACGCACACACUCGCUCUUUAAACACACGCAUCAUUUCUAGUGGAAGAAAGAGAGAGAGAGAUUGGCACCGGAGACGCAGCACCACGACCACUCCGAUAUGUCUGUUGGGGACGGACUGCUGAAACUUGUGCGCAGAGACACUCAAAGGCGGAUACAUCCAUCCAGCGCGUCCCAGAUAGUGGAUUAAAUUCACGCUUUCUUCUCUCUCCCUCUCUCUCUCUCUCUUUUUUUUUUCUUCCUCCUCCUCCUCCUCCUCUGGUUUCGUGUUACAAAGCCUUGGGAGGGAGUUGCGCGGAGAGCCAGUCCCUCUAUGUAGUAACUGAAUGACAGGAUCAUAUGGCUCGGUUCGCCUUAUAGUCCAAACAUCUCCAAAAAAUUAGAAAAAAAAAAAAAAAAUACAAGGAGAAGAGAGGGAAAACAGGACGACUUCAUGUGGAAUAAUUUAUAACUCCGAUUGAAUUUAAAAAGGCAAACCAGAGAUAACGGAGAAGAGGAGGGGAGCAGGAGAAGGAUACUGGGUCUGUCGUCGGAGGGAGCCGAAGAAAGCGCAGGACGCGUCGGCUGGAAUCAUCAGCACCAUCUGCGUAAAAACAAGCCCGAUGUGACCUUCAUCUGAGUCAAGUGUCUCUACUCAACAUUCACGAAAACGACAGAAGGAGGAAAAAAAAAGAAAAGCCUGAAAGGGAGAUUAAGAAGAAAUCACACAGACGCGCAAGGGAGGAGAAGAAAAACAAGUUGCCAGGAGCCCGGCUGCUUUCUCGAGUCUCUCUGAUCAUCUGAUUGAUCGCUCGAUCCAUCACUCAACACCACUUCCAACGAAUGGGAGGUGACAUAGGAGCCAUGGGCGGGACAAAGGUCUUGCUCCUGGUGUUUCUGGUUGGAUGGGAGAAGUCGCUGGGUCUCAACUGGAACCCAAUCCCACGCAAGACUGUUCGAUACCAGGAUGUGUUGGACAGCAUGGCGAGGUUCACCGUCCAAGGAGUGUUCAACUACAGCAUGUUGACCCUGUCGGACCACGAGAGGGUUUUGUACGUCGGGGCUCGAGAGGCGCUGUUUGCACUGGACCCCAACGAUAUCAGCAGACAGCUUCGGCCACAGAUCGACUGGCCAGCUCCACAGGAUAAGAAGAGGGAGUGUGUUGCCAAGGGAAAGAACAACCAGACCGAAUGCUUCAACUACAUCCGUUUCCUGCAGAGUUACAACCACACACACCUCUACACCUGCGGCACCUACGCCUUCCAGCCCAAAUGCACCUAUGUGAAUGCAGACUAUUUCACCCUCAACACUGCACCGCUGGAAGAUGGGAAAGGGAAAUGCCCAUAUGACCCUGCCAAAGGCCACACUGGGCUGAUAGUGGAUAAGGAGCUGUACUCAGCAACGCUCAACAACUUCCUCGGUACAGAGCCAGUCAUUCUGAGGAACCUCGGCUUACAACAUUACAGCAUGAAGAGUGAAUACCUGCCUGCCUGGCUCAAUGAACCAGAUUUCGUGGGUUCAGCACUGGUGAGGGAGAGCAGCGGCAGUAAGGAAGGGGAUGACGACAAGAUCUACUUCUUCUUCAGCGAGCGGGCAUUGGAGCUGGACUGUGACACUGAGCUCACUGUGGCCAGAGUAGCUCGUGUCUGCAAGGGGGAUCUGGGUGGUACCAGAACCCUGCAGAAGAAGUGGACCACCUUCCAGAAAGCCCGGCUGGAGUGUUCCCUCCCUGAGCGACAUGUUUCAUUCAACAACCUGAGGGCCGUGUUCACGCUGCCGGGGCAGGACUGGAGGGGAACCACAUUCUACGGCAUCUUCCAUGCACAGUGGGGUGACGUGGAUGUGUCAGCCGUGUGCCAGUACCAGAUCGCUGAUGUGAAGAAGGUGUUUGAAGGGGCGUACAAGGAAUACAGGGAGGCAUCACAGAGGUGGGGGCGCUACACCGGUGCUGUCCCCGUCCCACGGCCUGGAUCGUGUAUAACCAACUCAGACAGGGAGAGCGGCUACAACAGCUCUCUGCAGCUGCCUGACGCCACGCUCAACUUUGCCAAGAAGCACCCUUUAAUGGAGGACAAAGCUCUAGCUCGCCCCCUGCUGCUCACAAAAGGCGUCAAUUUCACCAAGUUGGCGGUGGAUCGGGUUAGCGCCCUGGACCAACGAUCAUACAACAUGCUAUUCAUCGGCACAGCGGAGGGUUGGCUACAGAGGGUGGUGGUCCUGGGCUCUGAGACCCACGUGAUAGAAGAGAUCCAGCUGUUUGAGACAGCCCAGCCGGUGGACAGCCUCACCAUCUCCCACUCCAAGAAGUAUGUGUACAUCGGUUCUCGUUCGGAGGUUCUCCAGCUGCCCUUGGCCAACUGCAGUCGCUAUCAGUCUCAACCAGACUGUCUACUGGCCCGGGACCCCUACUGCGCUUGGGACAGCGAGGGUCGGGCCUGCGUCCGGAUCGACCUCCACCGCGGCUCCACUGCCUCUCUGUCACAGGAUCUCAUGCUUGAAAGGUUCAGCCGAGGAAAAGCCAAAUUUGAUAAGCCGGUCUCCAUCCCCAGCCCUGAGCACUCCCGCCUUCGAAACAUAACCGUGGUAGUGGGGUCGGACAUGGUGCUGCCUUGCCAGCUGGUGUCCAACCUGGCUCAGCCCUGCUGGGUGUUCAACGACCGCGAGCUUCAGUUGGGCGACCCCGAGACUGAAGGGACACGCUUUGACCGGAACCUCAAGGCUCUUGUGAUCCCAGAGGCAGGCCAGGCUCAGGCAGGCCGCUAUAUCUGCUACUCUGAGGAGCAGGGUGUCAAGUUUCAGACAGAGCGCUACCAAGUGGCUGUUGUUGCCAGUGCUCCAGUCUUCAUGGAGGCCCGAGCUCCGGACAGCAGCAUGGGGCUCUUCUGGGUGCUGGUCAUCACUCUCGGAGCAGCCUGCUUGCUGCUGUUGGUAGCUGCUCUUUACUUGCGCCGAAGACUGAAGCUGGCACUGGGAAAGGGCGCUGACAUGAAGCCACUUGAGAGCACUCUUGUCUACCCGAUCACUCUGCCCAAAGAGCCGCCUACAUUUGUCCCCAGCAAGAUGCCCAGUGAUGAGGACCGUUUCUGGGAGACAGGCGCCAACUACUACUACUCAGACGGGUCUCUAAAGAUCGUUCCCGGUCACGCCAUAGGGCCCAGCAGCGUCAGCAGCACGGCGUCGCCCAGCGCCAUUCCGGGCCAGCCCAUCCACUCCCCCAGCCGUCUCAGUCUUACUAACAUCAGAGGCUCCAGUAGCAACGGCUACAUCCGCCUCAACCUGAGCACAGCAGGGGAGGAGAGGGCUAGCGGGGCUGGCGCUGGGGGCGGCGGGCUGGGAGGCCUGGGCAUGGGCGGGAAUGACUACUCCAGCCCCUUCAAGGAAGAGCUGAGACGCACACUGCAGCAAAGAAGCGUGCUUCCCGACGCAAAUCCAGAGGAGUCGUCUGUCUAGGCCUGUCCUCCUCCAUCUCCAUUCCUUGAGUUGGAAAAACGAAAACAACCAACCUACCUCCCUCCUUCCGAGGAUGCCUACUCUCUCUCUCUCUUUCAGUGACACACUGUCGAAUCCUCAUGCUCUCUCUCUCUCUCUCUCGCUCUGCCAAUGCCUGUUUGGCUCACUGUAGACAUUUAUAGCACACACAGCAUGUUAAAUAUACACACACAUACAUCGUGUUCGCCAACAUGCAAUCCUAUAAUUAUUGUGUUCUGGCCACCAUGCAGACUUGUGACUUUUUCUGCUUUCACUGUGCAAUCGCCACUUGUGUAAAUUGUGUAUUUAAAAGGCAUACUGAAUGCAGAGGAGAACACCUCAAGCAUGGAAAUCAAACAAAUGGCGUUAUGUGUUUUCAGAAGGACACACUUCUUUUAGUGGACCAAGUGGGGCUUUUAGCCUCUUUGCUGAGACCAGUGGACAAGCAGCAAAGUGCAGCAGACUGGAAAUGUUGAACUGAUUUGCUGUCCUUCUGUUCCUGCGCAACUUUUUUCAGCUUACUGCACUUAAAACUGGAAACGCAUUCUUCUUCUUUUUGUAUUUGUGAGUCAAGAGUGUGAGAGCGGUAUAAAAAGACUAAUUAAACUCGAAGCAAGACGACAAUCAUGUCCCCAAAGCAGGAGCUCCGCGUGGGACUGAGGAGAGAGGAGAGAGAGCGAGAGACAAAGAGAGAGGAAAUUAAAUGGAAAAUGAAGUGAAUUGAAGUGAAAGACACAAGAGGGUUUUUGAAUGAAGGACAAUCUCUCAAGACUUUCUCUGCUCAAUUUGUAAUUUUUUUCCCCCCACCGUUGUAUUUAUCCCUGGAGAAAGUCCUCGAUCCCUUCCACUUUAAUUUGUUGUGAUGGUUGGUUUGAAUUGAGACAUUUCUUGUUGUUAUUUUUCUAUGUCUUACGGACUACAGCAGUGUUCAAAUGGUUACCAGUGAGUAAUGGCUCUCCUCUGUGAAUGACAAUGCGAGGGCGAGCGCUUACGUUUCUGGCUUAGCCCCGCAGAGUGACCUUCAAACGCACCUUCAAGUUCAAUACACUACAAAUGCACUCCAGACUACAUUUGUUUGAGUCACAGCGUGUCACAAAUAUGCGCUUCGGUUGAGCCCUUGUGGACGUUUGUUCAUCUCCUUUGAAAAGAGAAGGCGAUUUGCAUUCAGCUCUUAGCGGCAGAACAAUAACUGCACACUUAAUUCCAAAUUGAAGUUGACGUGAAGACAUUAGGAAUGGAGAAUGUAGUUGAACCCUCACUGCUCCGACCGCUGUGGAUGUCUCAAUAAGUGCUUUAUAUCUUAUAUGUAUGUGAGGGUGGUAACUUGCACUGCCAAGAAGGAAACUACCCCCCCGACACACACACACACACACACACACACUCAUCCCUCUGAAUGCCAACUAUUCUGGACUACAGUGUUUGUGACACCACCCCACCACCCCACCCGACCUUCCUUUUACCGAUACCCAGAGACUGACCUGGGGCUACUGUGGACAUAACAGAGGAAGAACACUGUAAAACACACCGACACUAAAAGAAACCCACAGUGGUGAAGGAAGAAUGGACAGACUGACUGCUGCUGUGUUGACAGAUUGCUGGCUUCGGGCAGAGAGCAGCCACGAACCAGUGAAAGGGGCGGCUUCUGUUUUUGGGACGUGUCUGUCGGGACCAGAGGAGCAUAGCAAGAAGGAAGGGGAGGACAAAAAUACUCUGUUUUACCCCACUGUUUACAGAGCGCUGAGAAAUGUAGAAUAUGAAAAUGAUCCCAAGGUUGAAGAGGUACUCAGCCAUCAGCACCUCAUCCUAGUGUUGCAUGAUCCUCUGCAAGUGAACUGUACAUCUUUGGUAUGUUCAUCCUCGUAGAUGUGCAUCAUUUUGAUUGAUCAUUUUUGGACUUUUACAGACUUUUACAGAUAUUGUGAAACCCUAAUGCUCUCUUUGGAGAAAAAAAAACCAUCUGACUUUAUGGUUCAAGGGUUGUACAGGAUUUCAUGGCUGCAUUUCAACAUGUUUACUUUUUCUGUGCCUCUUCACCUUUUGGAUAAGCCAAAGUAGACUGCAGUUGCUUUUAUUCGUGUUAAAACACUUAAAUGAAUUUUAUUUGAAUCCAGAUCAAUAUUUGAGUCUCAGCAGUCCGUCCACUUUGCCAUUCUGAGCUGAUAUCUGCAUAUUUUACCUUCAGCUUAAUUUUCCCUUAAGAAAAAUGCAAAAAAAAAAAAAAAAAAAAAAAA